AUGGCUGCGGCGCCAGGUUACAGGCCCGCCAGACCUGCCAGGCCCGCGCGCCAAAAGCCCAAGUCGUCACAUCCCCAGCCAUUGGAUGCCGACGAUCUCUCGCGGAGACUUCGUAUCGUCCUCGCUGAGCAGAAGGCGCACUCCGAGAGGAAGAGGAGGGCCAGAGCCGAGGCCGAGAGACGCAGCAGGCCCGAUUCGUCCGGAGCGGCAGUCAAGGAAAAGUCGCCAAACGUUCCCGCGCAACCAGCGAAGGCCACGGAGAGAAGCGAGGGGGACAAGCCGCACAAAAGCAAGCUUCAUCUGACAGCCUCCAAGACCUCGUCCACCUCGAGCCAAAAGGAUGACCAAGAAAGCCAUGCCCCUGGCCAUCCGUACAUUCCUCAGGUGGCGGCUGCGCAGUUUGCCCGCACGACGACGGUCGAGACCUUGUCGGAGAGGCAUAUCGUCCACAAGCUGUCCAAAAAGGCCAUGAAAUUCCACCUCGACGGCCCCAACGCGAGCCGGGAAAUGGCGGGCAUUACGGCCGGCAGUGCUCCCUUCGAACAGGCACAAGCCCUGCGGAGGGCGCAUAAUGCACGCGAGCGGCAGUACGAGCGCAACCAGUUUCAGCACCCGUUCAACCUCGAGACGACGGCUGAAGUCGAUGAGCUACCACCGCUCAUCCCUCAGCGGCGGACCUUCGAAACGCACUUCAACCCUAGCAAGGACAGUGCGGAAAAGGAGGCCAGAAGGAGGAGCACGGGUAGCAUCUUGGGAAAGGCAGAGCCUCAGCUCAGAGCUUCCUGCGAAAUUCCAUCUCUGGCAGAGUAUGCCGAGCCGACGAAGGGCGACGAUGUUGUGGGCGGGCCACUCGAGCAUCAACGAGUCGACUGGACCCAGAGCGACGAGGCGCAGAGCCAGUCGAUACCUGCGAACAUACCGUUUCAGUCUCUGCCGCCUCUCCGCAAGCCAGAUUCGAAAUGGACGCUGCGAGGUCGCCUCGGAAGUUUCACCAAGCAUGGAAAGGAGGACAAGCCCCCUUCCCCGCCUGACGAGAAAGUAGGGUCCCUGGAAUCGCCCAAAUCUCCGGUCGCUGGGUUCUUUGCGCGGUUCAAGCGUUAG